GUGAAGGGAAUUCCGGUAAGUCAACUUACUGUGGUCAUCCUUACUUUAAUGAUGAAUAAAAGGCUAAUGGAGAGCCGAGGUUAUAGCUUUAAAUGCAACCUGGGAGAAGGUAUGUUUGGCAAAGUUGUGAGUGCAUACUCUAGCCGACUAAAGAGAAGGGUUGCCAUAAAGGUUAUAGACAAAAAGAAGGUUAAUCCUAGUUACUUGGAAAAGUUUCUGUCUCGGGAAAUGGAGAUCAUCAGGUCUUUGAACCAUCCUCACAUUAUCAAGACUCUUGACAUCUUUGAAUCACAUACAAGCAAGGUCUAUGUGGUGAUGGAGCUCUGUGUUAAAGGAGACCUCUUGAAGCAUAUCAAUGUCAGGGGAGCCUUACCUGAACAUUCAAGCUGCAGGCUUUUCACACAGCUGUGCAAGGCCGUCCAAUACCUUCACAACAAUGACAUGGCCCACAGAGACCUUAAAUGUGAAAACAUGCUGCUGGAUACACACUUCAACCUCAAAGUGUGUGACUUUGGGUUCAGCAGGAGGCUCACUUACGCAGACGGGCGGUUGGUGCUGAGUGAAACCUUCUGUGGCACCUCGUCCUAUGCAUCGCCUGAGAUUUUGAGAAGUUAUCCGUACAACCCCAAAGUGUCUGAUGUGUGGAGUAUGGGUGUUGUGCUGUAUAUGAUGCUCUAUGCAGCAAUGCCGUAUGAUUCCAGCAACGUUAGGAGGAUGGUGAGAAUUCAAAUCCAGCAUAAUAUCAACUUCCCACACACUCCGUCUGUUUCGUCUGAGGCACAAGACCUUAUCCGGAGCAUUCUGCACCCUGUUGUGGAGCAGCGAAUUACAAUCAGCAGCAUAUUACAGAGUUACUGGAUGUUGCAGGAAGUGAGAAUGGAGGACAGUAAUGAGACCCCCACAUCAAACGCUGGCUCCGGGCAGAAAGGACCUCCAGAUAAAAAGGCCAAAGAAGAGGAGAAACUUUCAAAAGACAAUUCAGAACCAGGGGAGGGACCAUCAACUGCUGCCCCAAGACAUUGAUGUUACAUUGGA